AAUAAACUUAGCAAAGAUCUUGUAGAAAUGUUUAUUGCGGCUGCAAAGGUAUUACAUAAUUUCACGGGUUAUAAAUUGGAUUUUACAAAUAAAUAUGAUUUCAUAGUAUUCUUACUAUAUGACUCUUGCUUUUGUAAUAAUGGAUAUUUAGUUAUAGAAGUAAACGUAAAGACAACAAAAGCCUAG